AUGAACUUCCAGGCGGGCGGGGGCCAGAGUCCUCAACAGCAGCAGAGCCUGGCGGCGCCGGGGGGCGGCGGCGGCGGUGGUGGCGGAGCGGGGGGCGGCGGGCAGUUCGGCGGCGCGGGGCCGGGAGCCGGGGGUGGCGGCCCCUCGCAGCAGCUGGCCGGCGGGCCCCCCCAACAGUUCGCGCUCUCUAACUCGGCCGCUAUCCGGGCGGAGAUCCAGCGCUUCGAGUCGGUACACCCCAACAUCUACGCCAUCUACGAUCUGAUCGAGCGCAUCGAGGAUUUGGCGCUGCAGAACCAGAUUCGAGAGCACGUCAUCUCCAUCGAGGACUCAUUUGUGAACAGCCAGGAGUGGACCCUGAGCCGCUCUGUGCCAGAGCUUAAAGUGGGCAUAGUGGGGAACCUGUCUAGUGGGAAAUCAGCCUUGGUACACCGAUACCUGACAGGGACCUACGUCCAGGAAGAGUCCCCUGAAGGGGGUCGAUUUAAAAAGGAGAUUGUGGUGGAUGGCCAGAGUUAUCUGCUGCUGAUCCGAGAUGAAGGAGGUCCCCCUGAGCUCCAGUUUGCUGCCUGGGUGGAUGCAGUGGUGUUUGUGUUCAGCCUGGAGGAUGAAAUCAGCUUCCAGACGGUGUACAACUACUUUCUGCGCCUCUGCAGCUUCAGAAAUGCCAGCGAGGUGCCCAUGGUGCUAGUGGGCACACAGGAUGCCAUCAGUGCCGCCAAUCCCCGGGUCAUUGAUGACAGCAGGGCCCGCAAGCUGUCCACAGACCUGAAGCGCUGCACCUACUACGAAACAUGUGCAACCUAUGGGCUCAAUGUGGAACGAGUCUUCCAGGAUGUGGCCCAGAAAGUGGUAGCCUUGCGGAAGAAGCAGCAGCUGGCCAUUGGGCCCUGCAAGUCCCUGCCCAACUCACCCAGCCACUCGGCCGUGUCUGCUGCCUCCAUCCCGGCUGUACACAUCAAUCAGGCCACGAAUGGCGGCAGCAGCGCCUUCAGUGACUACUCGUCCUCAGUCCCCUCCACCCCCAGCAUCAGCCAGCGGGAGUUGCGCAUCGAGACCAUCGCUGCCUCCUCCACCCCCACGCCCAUCCGCAAGCAAUCCAAGAGGCGCUCCAACAUCUUCACGUCUCGAAAAGGUGCUGACCUGGACCGGGAGAAGAAGGCUGCUGAGUGCAAAGUAGACAGCAUUGGUAGCGGCCGGGCCAUCCCCAUCAAGCAGGGGAUCCUGCUAAAGAGGAGUGGCAAGUCCUUGAACAAGGAGUGGAAGAAGAAGUAUGUGACACUCUGUGACAACGGGUUGCUUACUUACCACCCCAGCCUGCACGAUUACAUGCAGAACAUCCAUGGCAAGGAGAUUGACCUCCUCCGGACAACCGUGAAAGUGCCAGGGAAACGCCUGCCCCGAGCCACACCUACCACAGCCCCAGGCACCAGUCCCCGUGCCAAUGGCUUGGCCAUGGAGCGGAGUAACACACAGCUGGGUGGAGGCACAGGUGCCCCCCACUCGGCCAGCAGCGCAUCACUGCAUUCUGAGCGCUCCCACAGCAGCUCAGCCUGGGCUGGCUUGCUCCCUGAGGGGCUGCACCAGCGCUCCUGCUCGGUUUCCAGUGCUGACCAGUGGAAUGAGGCAGCUGCCCUGCCUGCCAGCAUGCAGCACCCUGCCAGUGGCCCAGCUGAGGUACUCAGUUCCAGCCCCAAGCUGGAGCCUCCCCCAUCUCCCCACUCCAACCGGAAGAAGCACCGCCGGAAAAAGAGCACCACCGGGACCCCCCGAACAGACGGCCCCAGCAGUGCUGCUGAAGAGGCAGAGGAGUCCUUUGAGUUUGUGGUGGUGUCCCUCACCGGUCAGACCUGGCACUUUGAGGCCUCAACGGCAGAAGAACGGGAGCUGUGGGUGCAGAGCGUGCAGGCCCAAAUCCUCGCCAGCCUACAGGGCUGUCGCAGCGCCAAGGACAAGACUCGGCUGGGGAACCAGAACACAGCUCUGGCUGUGCAGGCUGUCCGCACGGUCCGUGGCAACAGCUUCUGUAUUGACUGUGAAGCCCCCAAUCCAGACUGGGCCAGCCUGAAUCUGGGCGCCCUGAUGUGUAUUGAGUGUUCAGGGAUCCACCGACACUUGGGGGCUCACCUGUCCCGGGUCCGCUCCUUGGACCUUGAUGACUGGCCACCUGAACUGCUAGCUGUCAUGACUGCAAUGGGCAAUGCUCUGGCUAACAGUGUCUGGGAGGGGGCUCUGGAUGGCUACUCGAAGCCAGGCCCCGAAGCCUGCAGAGAGGAAAAGGAGCGCUGGAUCCGGGCCAAGUAUGAACAGAAGCUCUUCCUGGCCCCGCUACCAAGCUCAGAUGUGCCACUGGGGCAGCAGCUACUCCGGGCUGUGGUGGAGGAUGACCUGCGGCUGUUGGUGAUGCUGCUGGCCCAUGGGUCCAAGGAGGAGGUGAACGAGACAUACGGGGAUGGUGAUGGGAGGACAGCCCUGCACCUGUCCAGUGCCAUGGCCAAUGUGGUCUUUACACAGCUGCUCAUCUGGUACGGGGUGGAUGUGAGGAGCCGUGAUGCCCGGGGUCUGACUCCACUGGCCUAUGCCCGCCGGGCCGGCAGCCAGGAAUGUGCGGACAUCUUGAUUCAGCAUGGGUGCCCUGUGGAGGGCUGUGGGUUAGCACCCACUCCCAACAGAGAACCUGCCAAUGGCACCAGUUCCUCUGCAGAGCUGCACCGCAGCCCUAGUCUCCUAUGAAGCUCAGGAAGAGGGCAGAGGGACCAGAAGGACUCCAUGGCCUGGAGGAUACAGAUGGAGAAGCAGGGAUGCACAGUGAAGAGGAGGAAAGGAGAAGGGUCCAGGGAUGGAGGAGAGGUUUGGGAUUUGAGCUGCAGCAGAGAGCAGGAGUGUGUUGUGCAGCCCUCUGCCCUAUGGUGCCAUUAAGGGACAGAACCCUUUGGAGGUACCUGUGAGGAGAGGGGGGCAGGACCUCUCCCUCCUCCAGAACCCUGCCUCCUCUUGACAGCUCCCACAAGCCUUCACCCUGCAAUGGGUGGGGAAGGACAGGACACAGGAUGGGGGUGCCAGAUGAGAGACCAGGGGGCCAGUCUGUGAGUCCCAUGUAAAAUUUGUACAUUGGAGUAUUUAUGUUCGUGUAUAUACGUGGCGUGUGUAUGAUGAGCCAAUAAACCAGGCAGUAUGUGUGGCGUCA